AUGCAGUUCAACUUUAACUCGGGGCAUUACAUAUCUCUUCGAGAAAAAGUUGAAUAUAUAAAAGGCAAUGAAUCGGUCUUAGAAAUGAGCAGCGAUUUUGAUAAUAACACGAAAAUAAUACACCAAAUUCCUUUUGGAACUGGUGUGCCUAUAUUUAUGUUAAUAUAUUCUGACAAGGAUUAUUACAACAUUAGCAUUAAUGGUGGUGAUUAUAUUCACUUUCCACAUUUAGUUCCUUCAUGGGCCGUAAAUCUUGUUGAGGUAAUUUGUUUUUUAUUUACUAAAUGGUAGUGUUUCACCGGAAAAAAAUUUUGUCCGAAACUGGCUUUAAUUUGAGUUCCACUGAUAUG